AUGUCAUCUUGGGAUGAACCACCAAUAAUCUAUUAUCGUAAUACUUUUCAACCAGUGAACAGAAUAUCAAGACAAUUACCUACCAUUCCAUCGAGAACUGUAAAUCCAACAAUCGGAACACAGCUGUUAUUAAAAAUUAUUCUUCCUUCUAUCGUUGUUAUUUCGAUUAUAGCUACUGUUACUAUUAUCGUGUGUGUUUUGUUGAAAAUAAGUCAAAAUACAACACAAGAUCAAAUUACCACAACAGGUCUAUAUACAACAACAGAACCAAAUCAAACGCUUGUACUUCGGCGCCGUUCAAUAGAAGUUGUUGGUGCUCCAUCUGCUAUGGUUUAUGUUGAUUCUCAUCAAAUGGCAGGUAGCCAUGGCAAUGUAACUAGCGUUUCAUUUUAUGCUGAUCAUACAUGUGCUUUGAAUUUUGUUGAAUUUGCUGCGUUUGAUCUUAUCCAUCGAGAUGUAGACUUGAAUACUGCUGAAUUGAUUGUUACUCAUCGAUCAGGUCCAUUACAAUUGGGUACUCCAAAUGAAUUAAAAUCUUAUAUGACAUUAAUUACAAUACAAUUAUGUUCUGAAAAAUUGAUGCAAAAUAUUAAUAGUGGAGUAUGUCAAGGUAAUCAAUUUCCUGUUCUUCCUCAUCAUUACAUAGGUGUACGUUCUGAUAAAUGUCGACUCGGAUUCGUUCAACCAUCACUCAAUCUUGUUUUUGGUACAACAUGGACACAGUCAGAUCGAUCAGAUCCAUUUAAUGAACCAUAUCAAAUACUAAAUUAUGUACCAGCUAAUUAUACAAUUCUUCAAUCCAUAACUAUUGAUUCAUUUGAAAAGAAUAAUAUUCAACGAACAGAUCCAAAAGAUAUUAGAUCAACACAACUUCGUGUACUUUUUAUUGGUACUUACCCACCACGCCAAUGUGGUUUAGCAAAAUAUCUCGAAGAUUUAAUUGAUAAUUAUAAAGGUUCUUAUAGUAUUGUAGCUAUUGAUGAAAAAGAUUUGAAAUCAACUGAUCGAAAUUAUUCAAAUAAUGUUGUCUUUCGUUUGAAACAAAAUGAUCGAGAAAUUUAUUAUAAAGUUGCUGAAAUGGCCAAUUCUCAAGGGUAUGAUGUAGUCAAUAUACAACAUGAAUAUGGUUUAUAUGGUGGUAUGUGUGGUGAAUACAUUGUACAUCUAUUAGCUAGUGUAAGAAAACCGAUCAUAAUCACUAUGCAUACAGUUCUACCAAAGCCAACUGAAUUUUAUUUAAGUUUAACACGUACAAUUGCUGCUUUAUCAACACGAAUUAUUGUACUUUCACCUGUUGGUCGUCGACUUCUUGUUGAUUUGUAUGGAGUAGAUGAGACAAAAAUAUCUAUUGUUCAUCAUGGUGUACCUGAUGUUCCUUUUAGUCAAACAUUAACUGAAGAAAAACAAAGAUUAGGAUUUGAUGCAAAACGUCCAAUAAUGGCUACAUUUGGUUUAAUACAUCGAGAUAAAAAUAUUCAAUUAGUUUUAAAAGCAAUGAAAAAUAUUAUUGAAUAUGUUCCAAAUAUUCUCUAUUUAGUUCUUGGUCAAACUCAUCCAUUAAUUAAAUUACAUGAAGGUGAUAGUUAUCGUCAUGAACUUGAAAAUAAUGUUACUACAUUAAGUUUAGUUAAUAAUGUAUAUUUUGUCAAUAAAUAUUUAGAUGAUAAAGAACUUAUUUCAUAUUUAUCAGCAUCUGAUAUUUAUAUAACUCCUUAUAUUCAUGAAGAACAAUAUGUUAGUGGAACACUUGCUUGGGCUGUAGGAUUAGGAAAAGCUGUUGUAUCAACACCUUAUUUAUAUGCUAAAGAAUUAUUAGCUCAUGGACGUGGUUUUCUUAUUCCGUUCAAUGGUCAUCAAGCUCUAUCAUCAACUAUCAUUACAUUGGUUCAAAAUCAAGAAAUUCGUGAUGCAGCUCGUCGUAAAGCUUACAAGUUUGGACGUCAAAUGAUUUGGCCAAGUGUGACUUGUGACUAUGAAAAUAUCUUUCGUGAUGCUCUUCUGUAUUUUUGA